GGAAGAGAUAAACCCCCAAACCAAUCUUCUCUUCUUCUUCUCUCUAGGGUUUUAGCUUCAGCCAUUGAUUCUCCGUCUCUCAAGCUUAUGCUUGAAAGUUGAAAGAGGAACUUUCAUUUCCGUUGCAUCGCUAGCAAAUCUAAAAGGUAAAGUUAAAGGUAUAGAUCGAAAGAAAUGGCGAGUAUGGCGAUGAAUCCUAUCUUUGUCCAUGGAUACUCCAACAGUGCAAAAUCGAUUAUCAUUCCAAAGAAACAGUUACGAUGUAAUGUUAUAAAGGCGAUGAGUAGUACAACAGAUAAGACGAAGAAGCCAUUGGAGGAACUUUACAACGUGAGAGUUGAACGAAAAGUGUCGGCUGAACGAUUAGCAGAGCUUGGUGUUAACAAAUGGUCAAUCUGGAAAACUGGCAAGUGUCAAUUGCCAUGGGAUUGGCAUGUAGAUCAGUUGGUUUACAUUGAAGAAGGAGAGGUAAGAGUUGUUCCUGAAGGGAGUGAAAAGUUCUUGAGGUUUGUUGCUGGUGAUCUUGUUCGAUACCCUAAAUGGUUUGAAGCUGAUCUAUUCUUCAAUGAUUUUUAUCAAGAACGUUAUAGUUUUCGUGCUUAUGGUGAUGAUUAGAAACUUAUGCUAAGAUCAGAUCAAAAUGUUUACAAAUGGGAUUGUGUUUGGAUUCAUGGAAUUGGAAUUUUGAUUUCAAAUUCUUUGGGAUUGAAAAGGAAUUUCAUGUUUAUGUGUGUGUGUGUUAUAUUUGGGGAUUUAUUCUCUGUUUCUCUUUGAAAA